GCGGCUUUCUCCCGUGCGUGGCCGGGCAGCCCCGUGCGGCGGCCUUCCCGCUCCGUGGGCGGCCGGGGCCGGCGGGAGGUUUCCGCGGUGCCCGGAGGAGCGAAAGGCAGCGGCCCCGGCCCUGGCCCCGCUUCCCUCCGCGUAACGCCCGUUGUCCUACCAACCCACUCCCCGGCAAACCGCUUCCCCCACGCCCCCGCCGUGCUUCUCGGCACGGCCAGCCGCCCCUGUCACGCGUGUUGGUGCCGCAUACCUGUGUCCGUGGUGAGGGACGGUCACCGAGCCUUUUCUGCAUCCCCAGGGCUCGGGAAGCCGGGAGGAAAUCGCCAGCGGACGAGUCUGGGGAAAGCGGAUGGUGAGAGUGGGGUCUCCGGGCGCAGGCUGGCGGUGACAGCAAGGGCUUCGGAGUCGGAGCCGCUGUGGCUGUGCUGGGCCAGAGCUUGCUUGCUUGUAGGAGUGAGACUGUGUGUCGGUGCGGCACUGGACGGGUAACAAGAAAGGCCAAACAGUAAUUCAGGCAUCUCUCAGCUUGCUUUUACUGUGAGUCUCCACAUUAAGCCUCUGACCUUUCCAGGAGCUCACAGUGAGGUCAUUCCCACUCCAAUGUUUGCAUAUGCAGAAGACCAAUAUGUUUUUCCUGAUUCUCAAGGAAUCUCAGUAACUCUUUCCUUCUUGUGUUGCAUGUGCACAGCCACCUAGGAGCCCCAGGCCACGCUGCAUUUGGCCACUCAUCUGUUAAUUCUUUUUCAGUGGGGAUGCAGCAGUAACAAAAAAGAUCUUUUCCAGUUUUCCCAUACAGCAGGGGAACUUAAAUGACCUCAAGUGAGCUCCUGUCAAACUGGAACUCCAGGGACUGCAAGGGAAUGCACAGUCUUACACAUACUGCUGGGUUAAGCUCUUACAGUGUUUUAUAUAGAUCGGGCCCAGGAGUCUUUUCCAGAAGCCUGACUGAGUAACUUUGUUCUGGCUGGCUGGGGGAUUUUUAGAGUUUUAUUUUUUAAUGUGAACAGUGGUAAUUAUCUGAUAUGAAGGCGGUAAACAAACAUCCCUCAGUUUACUGUGCUUAUUCUGGGCAGUGUAGCACAAUAUUUUGCAAUUGGGAGUGUUGUGAAACUGGUUUUCAGUUGGUUUGGAAAUACAUGUGACUGUGUAGCUGAAUCUGCCAGGAAACUACUUGGCUAAUUCACUAAUUUCCUUGGGUACAUGGAAGAAAAUGACCCACCCAAACCCUUUCCAUUCCACAGUAGGUACCUGCUCUUCAGCUGUGGUCUCUGUACAGCAUGGCAGUAACUGCAGCCUGCCAAGGUGCAACGGGCACUACGUCAAACAUCUGUAGGUUCCUGGAAUAAAGGUUGCUCAAGCAAAUGAAGAGAACAACCUGCCUUUUCUUACUUGCAUUGAUCAGAGAGUCUGCCAUACACUCAGUCACAGGAGAAGAGAGAUCUCCACUUCAGAGAGGCUGUGGAGAAGACAAGUUUCCAGCUACUUUUGCCACUGCGGUUUCUAUAAAGUUCCUGUAUUACUCAGUGAUCUUGGAUCUACCUCUUCUCUCCAAAGAUGCUGAGAAGAGUCCUGUGUACAGUGUUGCUCAUGGGAGCCUUGCCAUCACUGGCUGAAGCAUCCCGGGGCCACAUCUCAGUGGUCUUGCUGGGAGCCACAGGUGAUUUGGCCAAGAAGUAUUUGUGGCAGGGUUUAUUCCAACUCUACAUGGACCAAGUGAGCAGUGGCCACAGCUUCACUUUCCACGGGGCUGCACUGACUGCUCUGGAGCCAGGGCAGAGGCUGAUGUUUGAUGUGCUGAAGAAGCUGGCCUGUCCCCCAGAUGAAUCUCCCGACAGAUGUGCUGUGCUCAAGGACCAAUUCCUGAAGCUGAGCCAAUACCACCAGCUGAAGACUGCCGAAAACUACACUGUGCUGAACAGAGAGAUUGAGAUGCUGCUUCGCCAGGAGGGGCUGAAAGAGGCUGGAAGGAUCUUCUACUUCUCAGUACCACCAUUUGCCUACACAGAGAUUGCCCGCCACAUCAACAGCAGCUGCAGACCACCUCCAGGAGCCUGGUUGCGUGUGGUGCUGGAGAAGCCUUUCGGCCAUGACCUGGAGUCAGCCCAGCAGCUGGCUGCAGAGCUGACAAGCUUCUUCAGGGAAGAGGAGAUGUACCGGGUGGACCACUACCUUGGCAAACAGGCUGUAGCCCAUAUCCUGCCUUUUCGAGAUCAGAACCGACAAUUUCUGGAUCCAAUUUGGAACCGACAUCAUGUGGAAAGAGUGGAGAUUGUCUUGAAAGAGACUGUGGAUGCUAAAGGCCGCACCAGCUUCUAUGAGCAGUAUGGAGUCAUCCGGGACGUGCUGCAGAACCACCUCACAGAGGCCCUGAUGUUCCUGACCAUGGAGCUCCCAGCCAACGUGAGCAGGGCCGAAGAGGUUUUGCAGUGCAAGCUGCAGGCCUUCCAGUCCUUGCGGGGCCUGGAGAGAACCAGUGCUGUGCUGGGUCAGUAUCAGGCAUAUGCCAGCCAAGUACAGGAGGAACUGCAGAAGGCACAAGACUACAUCAGCACAACACCAACCUUUGCAGGUGUGCUGGUUCACAGUGACAACCUGCGUUGGGAAGGGGUCCCUUUCCUCCUCACUUCUGGGAAAGCUCUGGAUGAACGGGUAGGUUACGUCCGUGUUCUCUUCAAGAACCGGGCCUACUGCACUCAGAGCGAGACUCUGAGGGACGCAGGGCACAGCCAAUGUAAGGCCAAGCAGAUCAUCUUCUACAUUGGGCACGGUGCACUCAACACCCCUGCGGUGCUUGUGAGCAGGAACCUUUUCAGGCCUGUCAUGCCAGAAGGCAGUUGGAGAGAAGCAGUGGGUCAGUCAGACCUGCACAUUUUUGGACAACCAUUGUCCGAUUAUUACAUGUACAGCCCUGUGAAAGAGAGAGAUGCAUAUUCUGUCCUCAUCUCCAACAUCUACCAUGGCAGGAAGGACUUUUUCAUUACCACCGAGAACCUGUUGGCCUCUUGGGGGUUCUGGACACCACUGCUGGACAGUAUUUCUCACCAGCCCCUGCGCCUCUACCCUGGGGGUGUGGAGAACCAGCACCUCUUAGACUUUGAAAUGGUGAGUGGGGAAGUGGCAUUCACACUGGCAGAGCCAGUGGAACUGCUGAACCCCAACAGGCUGAUGCCGAAUGAUUACAGGACAAUCCAGUCCAAAUUUCGGCAACAUCCCCUGGUCUCAGCAUGGUCUGAGGACCUGAUCUCCCAGCUGGCUUCUGACAUCGAGAAGACAGCAAGCAGGACUGUGGCACAUUCUGGGCAGUUCCACCUGGCCCUCUCGGGUGGCUCAAGCCCGGUGGUCCUAUUCCAGCGGCUGGCAAGACACCAUUAUGCCUUCCCAUGGAAGCACACCCACAUAUGGCUGGUAGAUGAACGCUGUGUCCCUCUCACUGACACGGAGUCCAACUUCUUCAGCUUGCACAACCACCUCCUCCAGAGUGUCCGGGUGCCCUACUUCAAUGUCCACCCCAUGCCUGUGCACCUGAACCAGCGGCUCUGUGUGGAAGAGGACAGAGGCACGGAGCUGUAUGCCAAGGAGAUCAUGGCACUGGUGGCCAAUGCCAGCUUUGACCUGGUGCUGCUGGGGGUGGGCGCCGAUGGGCACACUGCCUCGCUCUUCCCCCACUCUGAAAAUGGCUUGGAAGGGGCUCAGACGGUGGUGCUGACUGAAAGCCCCGUCAAACCUCACCAAAGGAUGAGCCUUAGCCUACCACUCAUCAACCAGGCCAGGCAGGUGUUUGUUCUGGUUUUGGGGAAGGGUAAGCACGACAUCACCACCCUGCUCAGCAGAGUGGGCCGUGAGCCAAGGAAAUGGCCUGUCUCGGGUGUCAGCCCCAGCUCUGGCCAGCUGGUGUGGUACGUGGAUUAUGAAGCUCUGCUUGGGUGAUGCUUUCACACUGUCCCUCCUCCCUUGUCUGCGUGACCCUUACAGCCUGGAUUUUCCUACACAACAUCCAUGUUUUUCUGUUGCCAGCAGCUGCUUCAUCUCUGACAGACUGCUCUAACCUUCUGGGAAGUCCGUGGCCUGCCGCGCCUCUGACAUUUGAGCCCGGAAAGGAGCUCAGCUCAGUGUUCAGAGCUACGUAGGAGACAAGAGCCCAGUGCAGCAUUUCUGGCUCUGCUAGGGAUUCUGACUGUGACUUUGGACAAAUUACCUCACCUUGAAGUGCCUCGGUUUUCCCUGUCAGGCCUUUGUGGUUAUUAGCAUGUAACUACCUCACAGGCACUACAGGAGACUUGUUAAAUUAAGUACCUGCCAAAUUUUUUUAUUUUUAUUUUUUAAUUCUCAGGUCAGAAGACAGUAAUAAAUGUUCAUCCCCUACUCAGCCUGUCUGCCACAGAGUCGUUGUCUUGGUAAAAUGAUGGUUCUGUGCACAUGGGUCUGUAGUCUUGUAUGUGCAGCCCAUCUUGGUGUCAGUCAGCCACUCAUGAUGGCCAAGCUCUCCUGGAAGUGUAGACGCCCAUUUGCUUUUGUGGCAUGUGGCCCCUAAGUGCUACGCUGAUUUGUGAGCUCACUGCAGUCCUGAGUCUUUGCAAAUUUCCCAGCGGCAGAGGCUGAGUUUAUAAGCAGUAAUUUGCUGCUUUCAUUAAGUGGAUAUCUGAUACCAUGGGGGAUGGAGAAGGAAGACACUUUGCUUUUUAGGCUGUUAGAAUAAUGGGGACAGGGUGAGGAAUAUGGCAGUUCACAGAGCUGUUAUUUGCCUGCAGUGCAAUAAUUAUUGAGGGAGAAGCUUUGUGUUCAGAGUGGUUUGGGUUUAGCUAGCAAAGAAAUGUUUUCUUUAACCUUCUUUCUCUUCCUUUGUCUCAUUCUCUGAAAUGAACUUUUCUCUGUCCUCAGAAUUGAAGCUUGCAGUGUCAUUCGGUGGCUUAUAAAAUUUCUACACGAGGCAGCUUUAUAAACUAUCAAUGUAUCUGUCAUUACAGCACAUGUUAGGGUAGUUAUAAUGUUCACAGAUGGUGGUGGUGGGGUUUGAACUCUGACUUAUAAGGGGAGGGAAUUUUCUCUGCACGUAUAUCUCUUGGGCACAUGGAACUAGCGAAUUGCAUCUCUGUGUUGACAGGACAUUAAGUGGUUAUAGAAAUGCAUAGUUCUGUUGCUCACAGGAAGGGUGGGAGACAUCUAGUCCUAUCUAGAGACCCCACUCUCUCCUCUUCCUAAUUUUCGCCUUCCCAGAAAGCUGCCACGCACAAUGGGUGUGUAUCUGUUUCCAUGAUAGCCCCAAAUGCUCCGUGAUCUUCUCUAAUGCGUAAUUCACCCCAGCACACCAGAGUGCAGCUUUUGGUAAGGAAAUCAAGACAGCACAGGAUGGGAGAAUCUGAGCUGAUGGUCCAUGUGGAGGUUAGAGACAAACCCACUCACCCUGGGGUAGCGCCAGGAUGGGACAGACCCACUGCAGGAAGCUGGAACCACGGAUGCGGUACUGGCUGCCCGCAGGGAGAGUUCUGCAUAGGAGGGGAGGCUGCUUUCAAGGGGAUUUCUCUCUUCUUUCUGUGGAUGCUGGCCCUGUUUCCGCAGAGAAGUAGCAGUGUGAGGGUGACAGGGUAAAGCUGGAGGGGACUGGGGUGCCCCAGGGACCGAGGGCUGGGCAGGGGCCGUGCUGCUGACAGGAGAUGGCGCCCUGACCCUGAGAAGCAGCAGUAAAUUGUGUGCUAGGCUGAGGCUGGGCCAGGCUUGGCUGCCCUUCACAGCCCUGGAGCCUUGCAAGGAAAAACUGCGAUCCACAGGAGCUGGACCUAGGAGUCCGGUGACCUCUUAGGGAGCGGAAAGUCUGCAGUAUAGAGAAGGAAGGAGACUUUGCUUUAGAGAGCUUGGCGAUAGGCAUUGGCUUAAAAUCCCUCCCUGCACAGGGGUAUGCUGAAUCCUAAUGAUGAAGAUGCAAAUCUGGGUACGAAGAGGUGCUACGCUCUGAUAGCACAUGAAGCAAGGUGGGCAGGUCCAUACAGCGUGUGCUCCCAGGUACCUUUCGCCAUAGCGCUUCUCUUAAAGUAGAAAUCAGAAUUGUUGUCCGCUGCUAAUUGCACAGAGGAAAGUGCAGAGUGAGCUCCGGAGAGCCUGUUACUCGUCAGCAGUCCCUAGGCAAACAGAGCCAAGGAGAACAUAACCUGGCAGAAGCUAUGUGUAGAAGGAAAAGGCCAGAUUUUCAGGGACUGGCUGUGAUUUCUGGCAGACACCCUCCCCCACCUUGCAGAUGGUCCAGAAAAGCUGCAUUUUACAUACUGUAUUUGACUAAGCUGAGCUGAGUUGCACUAAUGCGCAUCGCUUGGCUUUAGCAUGGGAAUAGAGAGGAGUUGUGGUGCUGCUUUCUCAAAAGCUCAAACGCAGAAGAGACACAAGUGCCUUAACUGGUCUGGUUUGACAACCAGCAUGGCUGGUUACCCGUCUUUUGUGGGUGUUUGUGAAUAAAUUUGCUCCUGCCUAUUUCAUGGUUACAGGCAGGCGUAACUACCAGCCCAAACACCAAAGGGUGAAAAUGAAUCACAGGGGAAGAGAGUUGCAUAGCAAAGAGGGAGGAAGGUGAGCGCUGCAGGACUUGCUUGUCAAGUGGAUGUGCUGACAGUGGAGUCUGGAAUAAGCACAUACACUUAGGAGUUAACUGGAAUAACUCUUCUGGAAUAAUUCUCUUCGUAGAUGAGUGCUAGCAAACACUGGCUCCAAAAUAUACCACAGUGGCUGAAACAGCUGUGCAGAGGAAGAUGUUUUAGGUCUGGUAUGUCCAUAAAUUCAAACAUAAUUUUUCGCUUUUAAAUAAAAAUAGCCAUGUUAACUUCAUUCCAGUUCUUUUCUAUUUGGUGUGAGGGAACAAGUUUUAAUGAAAAAGUGACCUAUAUGAGAAUAAAUAUAUUGUUAUGAAUGACAGAAUUUAUUACUACUUUACAGAUGACUGUGGCAUUGGUGUUAUUUCUGCACACUUUCCUGUUAAUAUUUGGCUGGCACCUUUUGAAAUAAAUACUGAUUUUAGAGAGGUUUAUUUGCACUUUUAAAUAACGUGUUUUUUUUUCCCAGAGAGUUUCUGUUCUUUCCAGCUGAAAAUAGAGUUCGUUUGUGAGGUUUCUAACUGAUCACCCCAAAAUUCAUCAUUGAUUUUAUUAAAAUCCAGUAGAAGCUUACAUAUAUUUUUCUUGGUGAACAUAACUGUCUGGAUUGUUUGGGGUUUUUUUUUUGGACUCUAUUUUCUUUUUACACAGACAAUUCCUGUUAAAGUCUUCAAUGCUUAGCAUUUGCCAAGUGAAAACCAAAUAUUUUUAAAUGUAUAAAACUUGUGACUGGCAUGAGAGAGACUGCAUAUGGGAGGAAGGGUUAAACAAGUAACAGAUCUUAUGAGGAAGAAUGGUAGAAAUCCACUGGGCUAUAGGCCAAGGAAGCAGUACUAUUUUUAUUUUGUGAAAGCUAAUAAUAGGAGGUGUGCACCUUCUUGAGAGCUUGUAUUAACCUUUCUUUGCAAAAGCAACUCCAUGGAGUAACUUCUUAUAGUCAGUUUCUCCCAUAAGUGAUUACUAAUACCAUUUUUAUUAUUUUUUUAAAUGGCAAAGUGCAUUUCUAGAAUUCAGUGCUAUGAUUAUUUAUGUAUUUUAUAGAAAACUAACACUGUAAGUAAUUCAUUUUUCAUUUCAACUUUUAUA